AUGAUCGACCCUUACAACAGUGCUAUUGAAUAUCUUUUGAGAGAGACGACGACACGGGUCGAAAAAUAUGCAUCCUCAGGAAACGAGUCAGCUCGGGUUGAUGCCCUUGACCAGUGUCUUAAGUUGAGUCGGGCUCUCGAAAAGCCAAAGGAUGCAGUUUUAAAGCUCUCUCUCUCACCUGUUCUAUUCAUGGCCGUCAAAGUAGGCCAUGAUUUGGAAAUCUUCUCCAGGCUAGUGAAGUCCGGCCCGGCUACGGCGAAGGAACUCGCCGUCACACAAAAUGCAGAUCCUGCCCUACUUGAGCGUAUCCUACGGACUUUGGCGUCCAUCGGAUACGUGGAGGAGCGUGGCACCGAACUAUAUGCACCAAGUCCACUAUCUUACGAAAUGACACAGAGAACUACCAUUGGAAUGAUGGACUCACUGUUCCGCGAAUGGCAGCGAGCUAUUACUCGGGCUCCAGAAUUUCUCCAAAUUGCGGGCUAUCGGAACCCUGAAGAUACACGGGACGAGUCAAAAGACCAGCUUCUACUGGUUGAUUUGGGCGGAGGUCGUGGUCACGGUAUAGCGUACUUCGCUUCGCGAUUUCCAGAUGCGCCAGGGCGACUCAUCCUGGAAGAUCUUCCUCCUGUUAUCGAUUGCAUAAAGUUUGGAUCCAAAGAUAGAACGAGUCAAGCAUGA